UUCUACUUCACGUACAUUCUCGCGGGAAAAUAGUAGGUAUUCCCAUGACAACCGAGAUUGAUUACAAUAUGGCGUCCGGGUAGGGACUGCCACUAUUAUUUUGAUAACAAAGAAAUAUUGUAUUUUUCUAUAACAUAAGUCAACAAUGUCGCACAGUACAUACAACAAACAAUGGACAGAGGCACAGUCUGCUCUCAUGGACCUUCUGGUCCAAGAGAUGCCAGCAGAGCCACCCAAGCCAGAAAGGGAUCGUUUGGCAGCUUUCCAGCUUUUAGCAACAAUGUACAUUAAGUACAUACAGAUUUUUCGUCGCCUUGAGAUGUGCUAUGACCAGAUUGUACACCCUCAAAAAAGACGUGUAUUAAGACAUGUGCUGGAUGGGACAAUGGGACGAAUACUGGAGUUGAAACACGAGAUGGUCAAUCUAGAAUUCUCUGAGUACCAUUACUUUGAUGAUGUGCUCUCUGAUCUGAAACUUACGCCUAACGAUGUUGAAAUCCCAAUUCCCAAAUACUUUAUAAAUGAACGAAAUGAAGCUUUGAAGGAAAGAGAAAAGUUGCUUGGACAAAUUCUUACCAAAGUUGGACCACAGGACAAAGAUCUAAAAGAAGAGGUUAAGAUGUCGUUUGAGGAGGCUAUACGUCUCGUACAGAUACAUGAAAGGGCACGUCAAGGUCGUCUCAGAGCUAAGUUUAUGAGAGAGAUCAGAAGACAGGAGGAGAUUGAGCGACAGGCGCAGACCCGAGGGGCUCCAACACUUGACCCUGAUGUAGCUGCAACUAGAAUUCAGAAGGUUUGGAAAGGAUUUUUUCAAAGAAGAAAAACUAGGAAAGAAAGAGAGGAAGAAAUGAUCUUUAUUGGAAUGGCUCCUCCCCCUCAACCACCUAGUAUGAAGAACACUCCUCAAGCACUGGCAGUUAAGACAGAGCAGCAGCGUCGCCUGACACAAAAAAUGCAUGAAAAUGAAUACCAGCAGGCUCUUGUAACAAUGAAGGAUAAAAUCAGAGAGACAGAGGGUCCCGACAUGAAGGAGACGAUGAUGGACCAGAUUAGACAAUGGUUUAUUGAAUGCAGAGAUGCAACCGGAAAAUUCCCAGAAUACCCUGAUGAAGAUGAUGGAGGGUCAGCGACUAUAUUUAAACAGAAAGAUCCUGCCGAAGUUGAGGCGGAACUUGCAGGAAAGGAAGAUGGAAAGAAAGGCAAAAAAGAGAAGAAAGGAAAGAAGAAAAAGGACAAGAAGGACAAAAAAGAUAAGAAGGGGAAGAAGGGAAAGAAAGGAAAGGGCAAAGGAGGCGAUGACGAGGAAGAAGAGGAGGGAUGGAAGAUGGCACCAUCAAACUUUGUACCAUCUGUAAAUGACGGAACUGAGUCAUUCAAAGGUGUUUGGCAGACACGUAACGAGUCUGAGAAUUUCCCUCAAAAACACGAUUCUGAGCUGAUCAAGGAAGAAAAACGAAAGGAGGUUGAGACGGAAGUGCGAGUUCAGGUUGACGAGCUUAUGAGAACUGAGCUUAAAAAUCUUAAAGCUGCUGUCGAUAGAGAAAAAGGUGGAAAGAAAGGCAAAAAGAAGUCUGGGAAAAAGAAGAAGAAAAAGAAGAAGAGCGGAAAGAAGGGAAAGAAAAAGAAGAAGGAAAAGGAUCUGACACCUGACAGAACUAUUGAGUCACUGUAUGAGGAACUGGUCAUGCAGGGAGUUAUUGUGCGAAGUCCCCAGAUAAGAUUGGCCGACUUCGAAGGUGAAUAUAGCUACCUCGGCACAACCUUACGUCAAGCCAAUAUCGAACCUAUGCCAUCACUCAGUGACGUUCGAAGACUUGUAACUGAAUUUGGUAUUUUACCACUAGGGUCACCAGCAGUUCAUGAACAAGCUCCUCUCACAAAGUCUAUUUUGCUGUCAGGGCCACGUGGUACGGGCAAAAAGAUGCUUGUGCAUGCUAUAUGUAACGAAACAGGUGCAAAUCUGUUUGAUCUUUCACCAGCAAAUUUAGCUGGAAAAUACCCAGGCAAGGAUGGUUUGAAAAUGCUCAUGCAUCUCAUCUUUAAGGUUGGGAGAGCACUUCAGCCAUCAGUUUUUUACAUCGGAGAUUGCGAGAAGAUGUUCAAGAAAAAGAUUCCUAAAACAGAUCCAACUGAUCCAAAGCGACUGAAAAAAGAAUUACCAAAGGCAUUGAAAACCAUCAAAUCAGAUGACAGGCUGUUGUUAGUGGGAACGUCACGUUGUCCAUUUGAUGCGGAGAUGAAGCCGCUUACAGGAUGUUACCAAAGACUUAUCCUCAUCCCACGUCCUGACUAUGCCUCCAGACACUUGUUAUGGAGAAGACUAACAAUAAAGAAUGGUGGAGCGAUCACUAAUUCACUAGAUGUCAGCUCCCUGGCAAAGGUGACGGAUGGUUAUACACCUGGACACAUGCAUACUGCAAUAACACAGGUGCUCACAGACCGACGUAUUCAACAACUUUCAAAACGUCCUUUGACUGCAGUAGAGUUCAUAGCUCCUCUUGCACGCAUCGAUCCCAUAUAUAAGGAAGAAGAGGAAUCUUUUAAGGCAUGGUAUGCAAAAACUCCUCUUGGAAAGAAACGUGCAAAGGCUGCUCAAGGUGAUGAUGAUGACGGCGGGGGUGGAAAAGGGAAAGGAAAGAAAGGCAAAAAAGGGAAGAAGGGUAAAAAAGGGAAAAAGAAGAAGAAAUAGAAAUUGGAUUGUCCUCCUUUUUUUAAAUUUAUGUCAUCUUUUUGUUGUUACUCAGACUUUGUUCACAAAAAAUGUCACUACUGGACAAUUUGUUUGUAUUUACACAACCCAGUGACUCAUUUCUGUAGGCUUUUGUAAAUGCAGAAAAUAAUUAUGGAAAAAAAUUUCAUAUGAAAGGAAAGUUUUGAUUGGAAAAUUACUGUGUUAAACUGCUGAUUUAUAACAUGAUGUUCAUAUAUUUUUUUUUAAAAUGUAUUUGUUUUGUAUUUGAAAUAACUUCACACAUUCCCCCAAAUACUGUGAUCAUGAUGAAUAAAAGAGUUGCGUUAGUGAUAUAACAUCAUGUGUUUUAAUUUUUGAUAUUUACACAGUUUAUGGUACUAUUUUUUAUUUGAUAGUCCGUCCAUGCAUAUUGUGAUAACAAUUUGAUUUAAUUUUUAAUAAAUUAUUAUUCAUUGUACAAA